AUGUAUCAUUACUCCAGUCCACCACCCGGGUGGUCUGCCUACGACUACACUCAGUCGCCGCCGACCUCGCCGUACUACGCCCAAUACGCCUCGCAAUAUGCCAACACCUAUGCCUCGCCGCGAGGCACCACGCGACGAUCCCACACUCGCAAGGCCAGCUACACGGCCACCAAGGAGCCGGGCUGGUAUUCGGCCUACCCGCAAAGCUACUACGAAGCGACGCCCGACUACGGCAUUCCGUCGCGCAAGCACGAUCAUGUAAGUGCUUCCUUUGCGGGUUCGCCCAAACACCGUCGCACCUAUACGACCGGUCAUCCUGCGGGGGAUGGCUGCGGCUACGGAUUCGGAUUCGGAUUCGACUCGCAAUCGCAGCAACGGCCCAACAUCUAUGUCGAUGUGGCCGACGAUGCAUUCGAUGUUCACCUUCCGCGCAACGCCUUUCGCGAAGCCCGAUCUCGCCCCGGCCGUCCCCCGGCCUCGACCGCCAGACCAGCCAACACCUCGGCGCGGGCCUAUCCCAGUCAACCUGGUGGGCCCAGCCCAGGCCAGCACCGUCGCACCGCCUCGGCCUCGCACCGCAAAGCAAACCCUGUCGCUGAUUCUCACUUUUACUUCAAUCAGGCUCCCAACUACGAGGACAUCGAAUCAGCUCGUCGCUCCCGCACACGUCGUCAAUCGACCUCGACGCGCACCCCCAACAAGCCCAAGCCGCCACCCGCGUCCAAGCCGCCACCCACCGCCACUGAAGAAGAUGCCGAGCGCGCAGGCAUCCCGCCCGGAUAUAGCAUCAAGAACUGGGACCCAACCGAGGCUCCCAUCAUCCUGCUGGGCAGUGUCUUCGACGCCAACUCCCUCGGCAAGUGGAUCUACGACUGGACGGUGUUCCAUCAUGGCGCAUCGACCCCUAUGGCGGACGUGGCAGGGGAUCUGUGGCUGCUGCUGAUCAAGUUGGCGGGCAAGGUGAAGCGGGCGGACGAGUGUCUUCCGCGCAUCAAGCACAUCGAGGCGCAGGAAGUGGUCGAGGACUUUCUCGAGAGUGGCGACCGUCUCUGGAACCGAUUCAAGAAGCUGCUCAAGGCCUGUGAGCUGUACAUGUGGAAGGCGGCUAAGCGGGAAAGUGGUGGCAAAGGCGGGCCCGUCUCGAUGGGGCGCAAUGCCGGCUGUGAAUUUGUCGAGUCCAUCUUUGGACGCGAUCGCGAGCUGGAGAAUACGGAGAAGCUGAUGAAUAGUAUUCGGCUGUGGAAUAUGCGGUUCGACGCCAACUGCGAGGAUAUCUUGCGCCGUCCCUCCGCCAAAUAG